CGAUAUUUGACAGUAUGUUAAGUACUCUAUUAUGUUUAUUUCAUAUUAGACAAAGAUAGGAUGGAUCGUUCACAAAAACCUCAAACCAGCUUAGAAAGUGAUACUCAAAAUAUGCUACCAGGUACAGAUAAACUGAAUUUGCAAAAUAAAUUGGUAUCACUAGAAAAAGUGAUUGAUGAGAGAUUGAUGUCGGUUGGGCACAAAAAUAAUGAAUGGAAAAACUCUGCAGAAAGCCUAAUUCCUUCAACUGUACAAUGUUUAAAAGGUACAGAUAAACUGAAUUUGCAAAAUAAAUUGGUAUCACAAGAAAAAGUGAUUGAUGAGAGAUUGAUGUCGGUUGGGCAAAGAAAUGAUGAAUGGAAAAGCUCUGCAGGAAACUUAAUUCCUUCAACUGUACAAUGUGUAAUAGAUGCAGAACAUUCGAACACGCAAAUGCAAAGAUCAGAUAUUCCGACAGAUUUCUCAGAUGUUGAGGACGAAUAUAUUCUUCUCGGCUGUGAUCCACCAGCCAGAUGCAUAUUUAAUGGUCUCAUUGAUGUUGCUGAUAACAAGCCAGUAGCGUGGGCACCACCACCACCGCCCCCACCACCAGAUCCACCAAAUCCUCACUCAUAAUAUUUAGAUUUUGUAGAAACCUCUUUGAACUACUGAUUUGAAAUAGUUAUCAAAUGUACCAGGAUUAUAAUUCAGUACGCCAGAUAUUAUUAGCCAUCACAUUUAAUAAAAUUGUGUAUUUUUACCAAUCGGAAAAUGUUGAAGUUAUCGUUAUAUAAAGCUUAGUGUCAUUUGUUUGAUUGUUUUUAAAUAUUUCCAUCUACUGUAUGUAGUAAUCAGGCCUGGGGUAAUGGUAAUUUGUAAUUGUAAUGCAUUGUAAUAUUACAUUUUUUUUAUGUAAUGCAAAGUAAUUUGUAAGGCACAUUUUUUUCAUUACAAUUACAUGUAAUGUAAUGAUUACUUUUGUUAAAAAUCAAUGUAAUGCCUCAAUUACUGUACAUUACUUUUCAUUACAAAUUUGUAAAAUACAUGAAAUUGAAGAAUAUGAUAAACAAAAAUAAAAUAUUAACAAAAACAAAAACAAAAACAAAGUAUUGAAUAAAAGUAUUGUCACAGUUAAUUACUGUAUUAAAUAAAUUGCAUCAAUUGUUAACACACAUAUAAAGGUAAGAAAUAUAUAAUUGUUAAAAUCAUCAAGUCUUAAUCUUGGUUUCUGAUAUUUGUAUAAAAAGAUAUUGGGAAUACUUUGGUGUUUGGUGAUCUAUGAAAAAAUCUUCUAAAAAAAUAUUAAACAAAACUAUAUGGAUGAAUGGAAAAAAUAUGAAGAUGAAACUUUUGUAUUCUAUACACACCUUACAUGUAUUUCAAUGAAAGAUUGAAUAUGUUAAUCAACAUUUUUACACCAAACUGGGGUUUGGGUCCUGUCUGUGUUGUUAUUUCACCUAAUUAAUAUCAAAAUGUUUAUAUUGCAAUCAAAUCUUCUCAACUUAUGUUUCUCCUACUACUCCACCAUAGAGUAGACACAGGUUUGGUGCAGUACAUGAUUUUGACAUUUACUUGUCAGAGCCAUGUGAAGAAAUGUCAACCAAUCCACUGGAAUACUUGAAGUCAAAUUCAGUGCAUUUUUCUUUUUACUUAAGCUAAUACAGCUAUAUCAAGUAUUUAGCCAUUUCCUCAACAUCAGCUCCUGUUGAAAGGCUUUUUAGUAUUUUUUGCCGGAAAGGUGUACAGACCUGAUCAUUGUUCUCUUAAUAACAGCAUGUUUGAAAUACUUAUGAUAAUAAAGAGCAAUGGACAUGUUAAUUAACCAGUAUUUGAAGUAUAUGUCUAUAACACUGUAUAUAUAUAUAUAUGUACAUAUACAUGUACCUCAGUAAUAAUUUGUUAUAAAAUCGGUUUUUGAAAUCUUUUUAAUUUUUAUAUUGAAAAAGUAAUGUGUAAUGUAAUGCAUUACACAGGCAAAGUAAUUGUAAUGAAAUGCAUUACAUGUGAGAAAAAAUGUAAUUGUAAAUGUAAUUGUAAUGGAAGAAUCACAAAGUAAUUGUAAUGUUAUGCAUUACAUUGCAAUGUAAUGAUCCCAGACCUGGUAGUAAUAUUAGCUAAGUAUCUGAGGAAAAAACACACCGCGUUUUUUUCACGAGUUUCAACUUUAGUAAAUAUGACUUUACCUCAUACUUGAUGUAUAAUGUAUCAAUUAAUAAGAAAACACGUUAAAAGGCCAAAUAAAGUACAAAGUUAAAGAGCUUGUUGGCCAAAUACAGCUUUAUCCUGAAAUUAAAAAACGCUUUAGUUUCUCUUGCCAGUGUAAGUGAUGGUUGUUGUCUACAUAUGUGUGUGUUUAUGUAUGAAAAGAGUACUAUAUAAGAUCACAAAAUACAUUUAACUGUUCGUCUCAUUUUUGAAAAAAUAGACUCAGGAUGAAUAAACUUUAUGUUGCUAUAUUGCAUGUGCAAUAAACUGUAUAACUUGAU